AUGAAGCCAUCGCGCAUGGCAGCCAUGGCGCGCAGCAGCGAGGCAUUCGUUCUCAACUUCUUCGACAGCAACCCUCUCAGCCACCUCGCCCUGCUGCUGCUGCGAGACGGCGUGGCCUCGCAGCUGUCAGAGCUCACCUCGCCGCCAGACGCGCACAUCAAGACGCUGCACGCCAACCUCUCCGCCUCGAGCCCCGCCUCCCUGCAGAACGUGGUGGAGGCGGUGGCGCACGUGCCGGCGUACGGCCACCGCGAGCUGCUGCUGCUCUUCGCCGCGCUCGCCUCCACCGACCCCGGCGACAUCCUGCCCGCCAUCCGCCGAGCGCGCGCCGCCCACCUGCGCUGCUCCAUCAUUGGCGUGGGCGGCGCCGAGGUGCACAUCUGCCGCCAGAUCGCCGAGCAGACGGGCGGCCGCUACAGCGUUGCCAUGGAUGACGUGAGGCCCGUGGGCCUGUGGGGCUCAUCUGAGGGAGCUCUGCUGAGCCACGCUCCGCCUCCACCGGUGCAGGCAGGCAGUGCGGGCAGUGCAGCGAGUCUCGUGCGAAUGGGCUUCCCCCAGCGCGCCCCCGAGGGAGCAGCAGCGCUGUGCGCCUGCCACAUGCACCUCCGCCUCGCCGCCACCUAUGUGUGCCCCAGCUCGCGGGUGUGUGCGCUGCCAGCGGAGUGCCCUGAGUGUGCGCUCACACUCGUGUCCUCGCCACACCUCGCCCGCUCCUACCACCACCUCUUCCCCGUGCCGCCCUUCUCCGAGAUCCCUCUGCCGCCUGCUCCUAAUCGACCUGCUGGGUCGUCAGCCCCUGCCGCCCCGCACAGCGACCUGCCACCCGCCUGCUUCAGCUGCACUGCCGCACUGCCUUUCAUCGCAUCCCUGCAUUCCGGCUGGCGUUCACCUUGUGUCUGCCCGACGUUGCUGCCAUUUCCUCUUCUGACUGCUGUUCCCCUCCACCUGCCGUUCCUCUUCUUGCUGCUGGCUGCCUGCUGGCUGCAUGCUGUGCCGAUGUGGGCAGAGACGGAGGGAGGGGGAGUGCGGGUGGAGUGCCCCACAUGUGCGCGGCACUUCUGCUUCGACUGCGACGUCUUCAUCCACGAGAGCCUGCACAACUGCCCCGGCUGUGAGGCCACCCGCCUGCCACAACUGCCGUAG